CCGUCCCGUGUGGAAGUGUCCAAGGAGACCGCCAGAAGUGCGCAAGCCGGCGUGGCGAGAGUUUCCUUCUCACCGAGAGGGGGAGCCCCUCGUUCCCAGCCGGGAGCGACCCGGAGUCCCGCGCCCCUCGUCCCAGCAGCCGCCAGCGCCAGUUUUGGAUUCAGCGGAUUAGGAAGAGGAGGGAGGGAGCGGGGAGAGCGCGCGAAGAGGGAGGGGACCGAAGCUGGAGGGUCCCGAGUCCAGCGCCGUGUUGACGUAGAGAAACUUUCCCUCUCGGCCACGGAGACGGCUCCCCGGCCGUGCUGGCGCGGAGAUCGCCGGGCUCGGAGGACCCGUCUCCACGCCCCUGCCCGAAGCCUGACCCGGCUGCAUCUCUCAGCGAGGUACGGAGACUUAUCUGGGCUCUUCUCUGGCUGCGAGCCCGGACUCCCUCCAGGUAGCGUGGAAUCGCUUAGAAACGGACACCCAGAGGGCCGGCGGGGGUGGACAGCUCUGGCCCCCAGUGCCCGGGAAGGAGGGCGCGGGGCUGCGCGGAGCCGCUUCCCGGCAGGUUGUAAAAAACGAGGACAGCUAAAGGCGCAGGGAGUCGUCCAGCACGAAAGGAGGCUAAGACCUGUUGACGCCUGCUGUGGCAGCGCUGGAGGAAUGGCGCGGGAGGCCGGCGAGGUCGGGGACGCAGCGGUCUCCCGGCUCCGGGAAGCCUCCUUAGCCUUUUGUGGUAACUUUGGUCCGCUGGCGGGGCCCGGUGGGCAGGAGCUGAGGGAGGCGGUGGGGCAGCCGUGGAUCAGUCCCGCCGAGGGUGCGCGGAUCAGCCUGAGCUGAGCAGGCGAGUCCCCGCCGGGUCACAGCGAGGCGACCCAGGAGCGAACUUCCAGGGCAGCCUCCCUUUUGUUGGCUCUGAGAGAGAAUGUGGGUAUGGGGGCGGGGAGGCGCGAAGCUCCGAGGCCCGGCCGCGGAUACUUUAAAGCUCAGAGCUGGGAGGGCCCAAAGGAAGGGGCGGCGUCCACAUGGUUACCCUUUUGCUGCGCGGGUCAAGUAGCUGCUUCUGGAGGGCGCUAGGCGCGGCGGGGGUGAUGAGCUCUUGGGUUCUCGCCGCUGCUGCUGAAUAUGCUUGGCCGGGUUCACCUUUUCCGUGGCCUCACUCACUGCACGGACGAGAAUCCAGAGCAGUCAGUUCUAUUCUGCGGCUCCCGCGGCUGCCGCGCUGACUUCCCUGUGUGCGGGAGGGAACUCUGGGCAGGCUGGUUUUCUUGGAAUGUGUUUACGAUGCUGAAUGGGACUUGAACAGGAAGCUGGACGCUGCAGCUGGAACUAGCGUGCCAAGUUAUUUGUGAUUCCAUCUGACAUACAUAGGAGAGACAGAGAUAGAAGAAUUCUGAUGGCAACUGUAUGAUAGAAGCUAUAUAAGUCAAGUGUCCACUUUCUUUCAACUAUAUUUGAGCAUAACCUGGAUAUAAGGCGUGGAACUGAACAUUUAUUUGGCUGAUCCUCAUCAUGAAUCGUGCUUUUAGCAGGAAGAAAGACAAAACAUGGAUGCAUACACCUGAAGCUUUAUCAAAACAUUUCAUUCCCUAUAAUGCAAAGUUUCUUGGCAGUACAGAAGUGGAACAGCCAAAAGGAACAGAAGUUGUGAGAGAUGCUGUAAGGAAACUAAAGUUUGCAAGACAUAUCAAGAAAUCCGAAGGCCAGAAAAUUCCUAAAGUGGAGUUGCAAAUAUCAAUUUAUGGAGUAAAAAUUCUAGAACCCAAAACAAAGGAAGUUCAACACAAUUGCCAGCUUCAUAGAAUAUCUUUUUGUGCAGACGAUAAAACUGAUAAGAGGAUAUUCACUUUCAUAUGCAAAGAUUCUGAGUCAAAUAAACAUUUGUGCUAUGUAUUUGACAGUGAAAAGUGUGCUGAAGAGAUCACUUUAACAAUUGGCCAAGCAUUUGACCUGGCAUACAGGAAAUUUCUAGAAUCAGGAGGAAAAGAUGUUGAAACAAGGAAACAGAUUGCAGUGUUACAAAAAAGAAUCCAAGAUUUAGAAACAGAGAAUAUGGAACUUAAAAAUAAAGUACAAGAUUUGGAAAACCAACUAAGAAUAACUCAAGUAUCAACACCUCCGCUGCUGCACAAAAUGUCUGGUCAUGAGCAACAUGGGUUUCAGAGAUGUUCAUCCUCUUUCUGGCGUAGUAGUGGUGAUUCAUCUCCCUGUCUCAAUAUUUCUUCCAUCUCUGUCACUCCUGUCAACUCGCCUGAUUCAAGACUAUCACUGGGAAUGUUAAUACCACCACCUUCUAAAUGUGGCUUUCCCAAGCCAGUCAGUGAAAGCAGCAUCCCAAGACCUCAUGUAGGCAGUAUGACACCUAAGUCGCCCUCCACUGACAUCUUUGAUAUGAUUCCAUUUUCUCCAACAUCACACCAGUCUUCGAUACCUACUCGCAAUGGCACACAGCCACCUCCAGUGCCUAGUAGAUCUUCUGAGAUUAAACGGGACCUGUUUGGAGCAGAACCUUUUGACCCAUUUAACUGUGGAGCAGCAGAUUUCCCUCCAGAUAUUCAAUCAAAAUUAGAUGAGAUGCAGGAGGGGUUCAAAAUGGGACUAACUCUUGAAGGCACAGUAUUUUGUCUCGACCCAUUAGACAGUAGGUGCUGAUGUCAAGAACAAGAAAUCCUGACUUGUGUUAAAUGUGUUUAUAUACACAUGUCAUUUAUUAUUACUUUAAGAUAGGUAUUAUUCAUGUGCCAAUAUGUUUUUGAAUAUUUUACUGUUUUGAAAAUUAUUUCAGUUAAAUUUCCUCACCUUCACGAUUGAUCUGUAAUUUUUAUUUUAAAAACAACUUCCUGUAAAGUAGAUCAUACUUGUAUGUUCCUUUGUUUCUAUUGUAGAUGAAUUUAUAAUUGAAAGACAUAUUAUACAAAUAUCUGCCUUGCGUCUGAGUUCUAUGUAGUUAGCAUCUUGAGAUUUGUAUUCAUUUUCCAGAUUGCUAGUUUAUUAAUGAUUUCCCAAAAGCCAUACCUUAAUGAUAGAUAACUUUUUAAAUUCUGAAGAGAUAUACCAAUGCCAAACUAAACAUGUUUUGUUUUCAAACUAACAAACAUGUUACUAUUCAUUAGACAGUUAUUAUUUCAUAUAUAAAUACUGUUCACAUCACUGGGAAAAUGUAAACUUUAAAUAUAAUGCCACAAGGUCACUAAUUCCUAGCAGGUAAAAUUAUAAGGAUAUAAAUUCCAAUAGUAAACCAAAUGUAUUUAGAGUAUUUAUUAGUAAAUGCAAGGUGAUGUUAGUUUUGAUCAGUUAUACUCCAAAUACAUAAUUUGUUUUAUAAAGAUAGUGAACAAAUGAAAAUUUGCUAUUUAUUUAAAAAAUUUAAAUUUUAUUCCAAGUGAGAGAAGUUACAUUACUAUAAUGGUGAAGCAUCAUCUGAUUUGAUAUUACCUAAAAAUCAUUUGGAAUAUAUGCUAUCUAUAGUUUCAAUGAUAUUAUCCAUAUUUACUUUACCAAAUAUAUUUCUCCUCACUGCAUAAGAACUACCCUUCUCAUAUUUUCUUCUUUGAUGAAGAUAUUUUUCACCAAAGUUUAUUUUCUGAUACCCUAUUAGUUUUGAUACCUUAAAAUCUGCACCACCUGUUCUAUAUGAAUUAUCAAUAUUAUUUGGUAAAGUCAAUUUGUAUUUGUUUUGUUAAAGUCAAAAAUCUCAGUUUUUCAAAAAAACCUAGUUGCUGCUCAGUUUAGUCUUCAACAUGAGCAGUAAUUCCUCUUUCAUUUUGUUCUUGAUAAACAUUAUGUAACAGACUAAUUUGUACUCAGUAAAAUAAAAAUGUAUGGUCAAAAUUUCUAACUUGUUUCAUCACAUUAUAAGAUAAAUAAACUACAUUAAUGAAAAUGUGACUUAGGUUAGGGGUAGUCCUCAAAAAUAGAUUCAUCUUUCACUCAUGGGAAUUUUCUUCAAGUGUUCAAGGUACAUUUUCACUAGGAAAAGAAAUCAAAUACGCUUAUGCAAUAUAUAUUUGUGUGUUUUUCCAUAAUGUUAUAUGGUAUAUAUGAGCCUUCCUGUUUAGUUUCUUUCAUCUGCUAAGUCAUACCUUACUUAGAGGGAAAUAUAUGUUUCAUAAGGAAGAGUCUUUAUAAUUUUGUUUGUCAGAUAGUAUUUUGGAAUUUGUAUGAGGAUGUUUAGAAGCCUUAUAAAUGGCUUUUUUUUAACAGAUAGAAUUUGUAUUUUUAUUGUACUUUAAAAAGAUUUAUGUAAUGGGUAUAUAUUUAGUGGCCAUUUAUUAUCAAUGGUAACACAAUAGAGUACUAAGAUGGUAUUUGCACACUUAAGAUAUGUUACUUUACCAAUUUUUAAUGGUAAUCAACUCUGCUACUGGCAUGAUUAAAUAGUACAUAAUCGGUCAUUAUUCCUCCAGUGCGUUUUUAUGAAGAUCUGGUUGAAAAUUGUAUUUCUAUGUAAACUCAAUGAUAUGUUUGGUUUUCCUGAAAAUAAAUGAUUUUAGAUAAA